CCAGCUUCGCCGUGUGAACGCUCACGUGCAGGCCAUGACAUUCUCAGAACGCGUGCCAAAAGUAUCCAUGCCCCGUCAUCCUCUGUACUCAGCCAGGCACUUGUCGUACAACCGUCCGACGCAAUGGCGGUCCUCGCCUUCACGCUGAGCGAGGAUGGCAUCACCGCUUUCCGCGACGCUCUCGUCUGCCUCAGCAAGUUCAGUGACGACGUGUCCCUUGAGGCACGCAAAGACUCUUUUGUCCUCACCACGCUCAACAGCUCCAAAUCGGCCUACGCGAGCUUCAAGUUCGCGACCAAUAGGUUUUUCUCUCGCUACCACUACGAGGCCAGCGGGCAGUGUCGCGAGAGGUUCUACUGCAGUCUCUACAUACGCGCCCUCAUCUCGCUCUUCAGGAGCCGCUCCGCCACCGACACGCAGAGGGACGCCGAGAAGCAGACGCUCAUUGAGCGGUGCGAUGUCGCCAUCGAGGACGGCGAAGGCGUCAAGAGCCGCUUCAUUGCGCGCAUUGUCUUCAGGAACGGCUUGACCUCUACCCAUCGGCUGCCGUUCGAGGUCGCCGUUCCCGUGCAUGCCAAGUUCAAUAGGCAGGACUCUCCGCAGCACUGGACCAUCGCCUCACGCACUCUCCGCCAGUUGAUGGACCACUUUGGCCCGGGAAUCGAGUAUCUCGACAUAAACACAGACGGCGAUCACGUCAACUUUACCUGCUUCAGCGAAAAGACAGUCAGCGAAGAUGCUGUAUUGAAAAAGCCCCUGCAGACAUCUAUAGCCGUGGAGGUGGACGAGUUCGAUGACAUUGAGGUGGAAGACAAGCUUCACAUCGUCAUUUCAGUCAAGGACUUCCGCGCCAUCAUCCAGCACGCCGGCAUCACUGGCAACGCCCUCUCCGCCCGCUAUUCGCUGCCAUCACGGCCCAUCCAAUUGUUCUACUCAAGUGAUGCUAUCUCAUGCGAAUUCCUCAUCAUGACGGUCGGCGAGCGCGGGAGCAACCCCGCCCAAAAGACGAAGAAGGGCCGCAAGGCUGCCACUCACCCCGCCGGACCUCGCCUGGAAGCUGCAUCCCGCAGGACAAGUGUUGCUCCGUCCGAGGUACCGCAACAGCCACAACAGCAGCCGGCGGCACACCCGGCGCCUUCAGCACCGCUCCGACCUCAGAUCCCCAACCCGACUCCGCACCUCAGUGCUGCUAGAGCCAGCGCAUCGCGGAUAGGAGCAUUUGAUUUGCGGCCGUCACAGAAGCCGCCUCCGCCAACGUUGCGCUCCGAAAGCUUGUUUGUGGAUGACGACGGAUGGGAGCCCGUUAGAGACGAAGAUGACGACGGCGAAGAAGACGCAAGAUUGGGGUGGGAUGAUAGUGCUGACCCUAACCCCUCUGCCAUGCAUAUGAGCCGCGUAGAAGAGAGGCCAGCCACAAUCGAGGAGCACACAGAGGCACCGGAAGGUCAGUCGACAUUUCUGGAGCCGACACAGAAACUGUCAGACGUCAAGAGCCUGGCGCUAUUUCCUGACUGAAAAUCCCCGCUAUUGCACCGUGCUUUGCUUCCCAAUUUGAUCUUCAGUCGCUCGCGAUGCAGACCCAGCUUGUGGCACAGCCGGCCCCGACGCGGUCGAUCUGAGAACCAGGAGGGAUGAAUUUGGAUGAGGCGAUGACGUUCCAGCGGCCCUUGACGUCGUUGUUCUCAACCUGGGGGCCGCAGUUUCCGUGCUCGCCCCAGCCCCAGGCCAAAACAUCACCGGCUUUAGAGAGCGCGACAACAUGUUCACUACCGACAGCGAUCUUUCUGAGGGGCGGGAGACCAGGGGGUGGUAAUUGGCCAUGGUCGUCUCGACCCCAGCCAAGCAGGGAGCCAUCUUCUUGCAGGAUGUAAAAGUCGCCCCAGCUAGCCCCGACGUCGAUCCAUGGCGGCACUGUCGCGGGAGCUUUGGAAGACAGUUCCCACUUGUCGGACCCCAGAACGUGUAUGUCCCCGCUGUGUGAAUCGCCAAAGAGGCAUGUUGAUUCUUUGGCGCAAACCACUCGAGAGGCUUUGAAUCCUAUACCAUCGAUCUUUCGAGGUGAAUAGACGACGGCGCCAGGAUCUCCAAUCUGAGCUUUGCGACAGUUGCCCCACCCAUAGGCCUCUCCGCUGCUGAGCACCGCAACAACGUGUCCCAUGCCUGCAGCCAAGUCGAUAAUCUCCGUUUCCGGUGGCGGGAAGUCUGCGAUUAGUGUGGCGGUUGGCGUUCGAACAAUGAGCUCCCCCGAUCCCAGCUCUCCCUUCGUCCCUGCGCCGAAACUGAACAUUCUCGUGCUCUUGUAGCGCUCAUCUCUGGCGACAAUGAAGGACGCCUCCCACGUGGCAGCUAUCAAGUCGACAUGGCCAACACUUUGCCCGCCCUCCCUCGCAAGCUCAACCUCUCGGAAAACAUUUGAACCUGGCCCGGCAACCAGACCGCACGCCCCGCUCGUCGAGUCGCCGCUCCAGAACAGCUGGCCCGACUCUGUGAGAAGAAGGGUGUGAUUCCCGCCGGCGGCUACCUUGCAAACGGGAGAACUCGGCGGAUCUGGGUGGAAGAUGACUUGCUUGGGCACAGAGACGUCUUCUUGAUGGCCGAUUCCCAGCUGGCCCGAGCCAUUGGAGCCUAUAGCAAAAACGGCGUCCAUUCUUGACGGUCCGCCUGGGAUGCAAGUGCCUACCGAGUCUUUUGGAGUAACGAAGCAGGCCUGCUGGUCUGACAAAGACCGAGUGCACCGUCGAUGGUCAGCAGAACUCUCACCGUUCCAUGUUGUACAGGCCCACCUUGAUUUAGACCCCACUGCCUGAGCGUCUGCUGCGGCUGGCAGCAGGCCGCAGUUUCAGGGCGUGCAGCUCGCCGGCCCACACUGAGACAACAUUAU